AUGGACCACGACGAUUUCGCCAAUGUCGAAUGGCAGAACAAUCAGAGAGGGCAUUCGCAAAGUGAUGAUGAAGGCGAAAAACCAGACGCCAACAGUAAAAGUGGUGAAACCCAGGCUGGCCCAAAUGCAGAUGCUCUUGAUCUAGCGGGCGUCGGAGAAGGGGUUCUAGAAUGUACAGUUGGAUCACCUAUCAAGGAGAACGAUGGGACUAAAGAUGCCUUUGUUUCGUAUCUUGUUACUACGCAUACUACGUUUCCUUCUUUUCAGAAGCCUACGACGACGGUUCGAAGACGAUUUACGGAUUUUGUGUUUUUAUACAAUACUCUUUUUAGGGAAUAUCCAGCAUGUGCUGUUCCUCCUCUACCAGAUAAGCAUAAGAUGGAAUAUGUCCGAGGUGAUCGAUUCGGGGUAGAUUUCAUGCAAAGACGAGCCAACUCUCUCGCACGUUUCCUCACCCGGCUCACUCUUCACCCUGUUCUCCGUCGUAGCGCCCUUCUGAUAAUCUUCCUGGAAAGUUCGGACUGGAAUGCGACAAUGAGGUCGCGCCCUUCUCGAGGCGCUUCUCGAGAUGAACAAGCUGCAGGAGUCUUUGACAAUUUUACGGAUACAUUUAUAAAUGCCUUUACCAAAGUCCAUAAACCCGAUCAACGAUUUAUAGAAGUCAAAGGAAAAUCUGACAAAUUGGACGAAGAUCUCGGACACAUUGAAAAGAUUGUUGCUCGCGUAGCUCGUCGUGAAGGCGAUUUAGAAACGGAUUAUAAAGAUCUAGCCGAACAAUUUCAACGGUUAAUCAAUCUUGAGCCCGAAAUUGAAACCAGUAUUCACGGAUUCAGCGCUAGUGUGGAAGAUACUAGUGCAGGAAUCAAAUCAUUGAAGGACCAUACAGAUCAAAACUAUCUCGGAAGUUUGAGGGAUAUGCAGGCUUAUAGCACGGCGGUCAAAAACUUAUUAAAAACUCGCGAGCAGAAACAACUCGAUUUUGAACAAUUAACUGAAUAUCUGGCAAAAUCCACCAAUGACCGGGAUCAGCUAGCCUCGUCUCAUGGUUCUGGAGCCCUGACUGGAGCAGGCGGGUUUAUUCGCUCGAAAAUCGAAGAUGUGAGAGGAGUUGAUCAUGAACAAUCUCGCAGAGAAAGGCUACGGAGGUUGGAAUUGAGGAUAGAGGAAUUGACGAAGGAAGUUGAAGAUGCGAAGAAAACGACGGAAGCUUUCGAUGAGGAGGUUGUGAGAGAGGUGUCGGAUUUUGAGAGGAUCAAAAGGGUUGAGUUCAGGAGUCAACUAGGGGCAUUGGCGGAUGUCCAUAGGGAUUUUUAUGAUGGGGUAGCGAGGAUUUGGGAGGGCUAUGUUAAGGAGAUGGGUGGUGAUCUGGUGGUUGGGGAGGUGGAGGCUUAA